GUUGCAUCAUGCGCAAAAUUUGCGACUACUUUCGCGUGUAUAACUCUCAAAAGUUGUAGCUGUGAAGAAAACAGACACGCAUCGGCGACGUAGUGAAAAAAAAAAAAGAAAUCGUUGGAGAGCUUGGAUAGUGUUCCGAAGUUGUGAGAUGCAAGCCCCGUUCACCGUGCCCCGUCAUUAAUGAGUAUCGGUCUCCGAAAAUUAAUUACAAAGAAGGAGGUCGAUCGAGCUAUCAAAGGAACAGUAGACAAGGUACUUGUGUUGAGAUUUGGGGAAGAAGCUGACUGUCUGCAGAUAGAUGACAUUCUGAACAAGGCGGCGCCUCUGCUGUCUCGUAUGGCAGAGGUGUACGCCGUAGAGCCCCACUCCGUGCCAGUUUACACAAGGUACUUCGACGUCACCAUUACGCCAGCCACGGUAUUUUUCUUCAAUGGUCAACACAUCAAAAUAGAAAGCAACAGAAGUGCCGACCACACCAAGUUUGUGGGCUCCUUCAAGACCAAACAGGAUGUGAUUGACCUGGUGGAAGUGGUCUACCGGGGUGCCAUGCGAGGCAAGCUGAUUGUGACAUCCCCAAUCGAGACUUCCCACACGCCUCAGUACGACCUGCUCUACAAGGAUAUCUGAACAGCCAUGUGGUCCACACCUGUGCUGCGAGCAGUGAGCCGUGAGCUGCGAGCAGCUGCUAGGCUGCACGGGCUCAGGUCUAGUGCAGGAACUCUACUGCUCAGGGGUGCCGGCUUGCAGCAGCGUCUUCCCGUGUCAUGGCAGCGCAGGGGACUGGGAUUUGCCGCCGUGCCUGUAGGCAUCGGUGGCUACCUGAUGGCCAAUAAAACCAGCGGCAAUGCUCAAGAAGAAAAGCUGUUUCGUGCUGCCAAGCUUGGCAAUGCGGACGAACUUCGGCGACUCUUGGCGGACAAAAAUGUGGACCCAAACUGCCGCCACGCAUUGGGCUGGACGCCGCUGCACGUUGCCGCCAUCAGUGGGCAUUGUGACUGUGUGCUGGCCCUUCUUGAAGCCGGUGCUGACAUUGACGCUGGCGAUGAGUUCAGUAAUGUUUACCAGAUGGCUCGUGAAAAGCAGCUUCAUUCCCUAGAGGUGUUGGUGGUUCGUGAAGACGAGUUUAGCAACCGGCUGAGCAACCGGGCUUCAUUCCGUGGAUGCACAGCGCUGCACUAUGCAGUUUUAACCGACGACACGCAGCUGGUGAAGACUCUGCUGGAGAAAGGUGCCGACCCGACGCUGGCCAAUGACCAGAACCACUUGCCGGUCGACUACAGCCGUAACCCGGUCAUGCGCAAGUUGCUCAAAGAGUACACGGACGAGCACGUGAAAAAGCGCAAGCAAAGGGAGGCUGAGGAGCGACGGCGCUUUCCCCUUGAGCAGCGAGUCAAGCAGGUAAUCGUGGGCCAAGAAGGUGCCAUUGCUCUGGUCGCAGCCACCAUCCGUCGUAAGGAGCUGGGCUGGUUUGAUGAUGAGCACCCACUCGUCUUUCUCUUUCUUGGGUCGUCGGGCAUUGGUAAAACAGAGCUGGCUAAGCAGAUGGCGGAGUACUUGCAUGGGGGAAGCACGGGCCGCUCGUCGUCUGGAGGAAAGGGCUUUAUCCGGUUGGACAUGUCCGAGUACCAAGAGAAGCACGAAGUGGCCAAGCUCAUCGGCUCACCGCCAGGCUAUGUUGGCCACGACGACGGGGGCCAGCUGACGCAGCGGCUGCGUGAAUGCCCCAACGCUGUGGUGCUGCUUGAUGAGGUGGACAAGGCACACCCUGACGUGCUGACUGUGUUACUGCAGCUGUUUGAUGAAGGCCGACUCACAGAUGGCAAGGGCAAGACCGUCGUCUGCAAGGAUGCCAUCUUUGUUAUGACGUCCAACCUGGCCAGUGAAGAGAUAGCUCAGCAUGCCACCGACCUUCGCAGAGAUGCCGAACUGCUUGCCCUGCAGCGCCAGAGUCUGCAGCCGAGCAGCGUCGCAGAGGAAGUCAGCAUCCGCAGCGACUUCAAGGAACGGGUGGUGCGGCCCAUCCUGAAGCGCCACUUCCGCCGUGACGAGUUCCUCGGCCGGAUCAACGAGAUCGUCUACUUCCUGCCCUUCUCGCGGAAGGAGCUGACAGUGCUAGUGACGCGGGAACUCGAGGGCUGGACCCGGCGGGCGAAGGAUAAGCAUGGCAUCGAACUGACCUGGGAGCGGCGUGUCGUCGAGCUUCUGGCAGACGGAUACAACGUUCACUACGGCGCGCGGUCGGUCAAACACGAGGUGGAGAGGCAGGUUGUGAAUAGGCUCGCGGAGGCGCACGAGAAACAGUUGCUUGACUCUGGCUGUGCCGUUCACCUUGUGGUUGAGGACAGCGACGACGGAGGUCCGGCCAGGAUUGCCCUGCUGGUGCGACCGAAGUCGCACCGAAACAUGGAUCUAGACCUUCCUCUGAGCAACACUGCACCGCUUGGUGGCAGCUGAACUCCGAUUGUUAUGACAGUGUGCACAAACGGGAGAGAUUGCGGUCGUAGUCAGAUAUAAUCUUGAUUAAGGAACGAAAAUACCUGUGGCAGCUUGCAUAGGCUGCGCAGUGGCUAUUCACCAAAAAUUAAAUAUUGUGUGCCGACCUCCCUUGUUUCUAGUAAAUAGAUAAAGAAUGGACAUUACCUCUGUUUUUCUU